AUGGCACCGAGACACAUUGACAAAGACAUCAGAGCCAACUAUCAAAUAGACAACUUCGAGAUUGCUGCCGGUGGUUUUGGCAAAGUGUUCCGAGCUUCUGACCGGAAGCAUCCUGAACGCCAAGUGGCAAUCAAGUCCAUGCUGCUGUCAAGCCGACAGCACCAAGAGGUAUCUGAGAACGAGGUGAAUUUGAUGAAAACCUUGGACCAUCCCCACAUUUGCAAGCUGUUCGAGACUUACCAGAAGGGCGCCCUGAUGUACUAUGUUAUGGAGCUUUGCGAGGGCAAGGAUCUUUUUGAGCACAUGUUCAAUACAGAAACGCCUCGCCGUCUGGAAGAGCAGAAAGCUGCGGAAAUUAUCCAGCAAGUGGUGAGUGCUCUGCAGUACGCGCAUGACAAGGGUAUUGCUCACCGCGACAUCAAACCUGAAAACGUCGUGUUUAGCUCACAGGAUCCGGAUUGCAAUCAAAUCAAGGUCAUCGACUGGGGUGUCGGCCACGACUUCGGUGCGCGGAAAAUGCGACACUUCGCUGGGACAGUCAAGUACUGCGCGCCAGAGGUGAUGCAGGCUGACAGACUUUCGAGAUGGUUUACGUCCUAUACAGCAGCCUGCGAUAUGUGGAGCGUGGGUGUUCUCAUCUACGUCAUGCUAGCUGGAAGGAUGCCUUUCUGGGGCAAUCAGAAAGCACUCCUUCAGAGCAUGAAGAAGGAGCCGAUUGGCUUAGCAUACAGCAUUGGUGUCCCUGUUUGCAGAUCCGAGUCGCCCCAAUUCUCAAUGGAAUCACAUCGCCUCUAG